CGUAGCCUCUAGCUCUAACAGUGAUCGUGCUGCUAUAGAAGAAGUGUUUGUUCAUCCACGGUUCACAAAGGAACAACCUUACUUCGAUAUCGCCAUUAUAAAGCUACGAAAGUAUGCAAAUUUAGAUGAAAUGUAUCCGGUCUGCCCAUGGACAGAGCAAAAGCAUGGUGACUGGAGACAACUCAGCCUUCUGGCAGGAGCAACGUUGUUGCAGAGACAAAGUUACGUGACGAUAUUCAAUAUAACUACGAAAGGCUUUGGGCAAUACUAUGCUCAUGGUAAAGACUGCAGUGUUGGGGAAAAUGUUGCUGAUAACGAUCUCAACUGCAUCAGUAACAGUGAUGCCUUUAUACCAGGAUUGUGUCAGGUUGACUAUGGAGGUCCAGUAAUGACGAAAUAUGUUGACAAACAGUUUAAGGUACAUGGUAUUGUGUCUCGUUUGACGCAAGGUUGUGGAGAAAAAAUGAUCUUUACCAGUUUGAUACCCCAUCGGCUAUGGUUGGAAUCGAUCAUCUUUAAACAGUUGAAUGAGAGGCUUGUAUUUAGUGAUAAGUAAAGAUCAAACAUUUCUAGCUUGACAUAAACUAAUAUAAUAGCAAUAGCAUAAAAAAUAGCAUAAACUAAACUAUAAAACAUGUUCUUUGUGAGCGAAACGUCGUGACAAUAUCGUAAUCUUCCUAAUUGCAUGAUUCAACCACUUGACUGCUAUAAACGAGAGUCCCUUUAGUCAACAAAAUGAAAUCUUUGUAAGCAUCGAUGAACGUUUUCAAAUAAAAGAUUAUAAUGCUUAUAAUGCUCGAA